GUGCUCUCGAUUAGGGCAAGGAGCUCCAGAUCGGAGUUGUAGGGGCCCGGGGGAGCGCAGUCCGCGUCUAGGGCUGCCAGUGGUGGGAGCGAUGAGGAUGCAUUCCCUGCCGGCGUGGCUGCUGCUGGCGUGCCUGCUGCAGCUCGCCCUAGCUUCCGAAUACGAUCACAAGUACGACAUUGGCGACGCUGUUGUGCUGUGGGUGAACAAGGUCGGCCCCUACAACAAUCCCCAGGAGACUUACAACUACUACAGCCUGCCCUUCUGCCAACCCGGAAAUGCGAAUCCCGCACACAAAUGGGGGGGAUUGGGAGCGGUGCUGGAAGGGAACGAGCUCAUCGACAGCCAGAUCGACAUCAAGUUCAAGAAGUCUGUUGACAAGGUUACGAUAUGCAAGCUGGAUCUGGAUCAGAGAAAAGCCAUGGAAUUCAGAGCGGCCAUCGAGGAAACAUACUGGUUCGAGUUCUUUAUGGACGACUUGCCACUGUGGGGAUUUGUCGGUGAGUACCACCACGGCAAGGCGGAGGAGCAGAAUGUAGCCAUUUACACUCACAAGCACCUCGUUAUCAAGUACAACAAAAACCAGAUCAUCCAAGUCAACCUUACGCAAGAUGGUCUGCAGCCACUUUCGCCUGGCAAAUCCCUGGAGUUUACAUACUCCGUGAAAUGGAUCGAGACAAACACGAGUUUCCACAAGAGAUUUGAUGCCUACCUGGACUAUCCAUUCUUUGAGCAUCAGAUUCACUGGUUUUCGCUCUUCAACUCGUUCAUGAUGGUCAUAUUUCUGACUGGCCUGGUGUCUAUGAUACUCAUGAGAACGCUGAAAAAUGACUAUGCCAAGUAUGCCCGCGAGGAAGAUGAUCUCGAGACUCUGGAAAGGGACGUGAGUGAAGAGUCUGGAUGGAAGCUUGUCCACGGUGAUGUCUUCAGACCGCCACGCUAUCUUGUUUUGCUGUCUUCGCUUGUUGGUACUGGUGCUCAACUGGCUGCGCUAGUCUUUCUGGUGAUCUUGCUGGCCAUCGUCGGGAUGCUUUAUGUUGGGCGGGGAGCAAUAGUGACAACCUUCAUUGUAUGCUACGCUCUUACGUCAUUCAUCUCCGGUUAUGUCAGUGGCGGGUUUUACUCGCGAAACGAUGGCAAGCACUGGAUCAAGUCCAUGCUACUAACGGCCUCGUUGUUUCCUUUCAUCUGCUUUGGCAUCGGUUUUGUUCUCAACUUUGUCGCAAUUUUCUAUCGCUCGUUGGCCGCCAUUCCCUUCGGUACCAUGGUCGUUGUUUUUGUCAUCUGGGCAUUCAUUUCAUUUCCCCUGGCUCUCCUUGGGACUGUUGUGGGGCGAAACUGGAACGGGACGCCUGAUAACCCCUGCAGGGUGAAGACCAUCCCUCGUCCGAUACCGGAGAAGAAAUGGUAUCUCAAGCCAUCCAUCGUGGCGCUUAUGGGAGGCUUACUCCCAUUCGGGAGCAUCUUCAUAGAGAUGUAUUUCGUGUUCACGUCCUUUUGGAACUACAAGGUCUACUACGUCUAUGGUUUCAUGCUGCUCGUGUUUGUGAUCCUCCUCAUUGUCACGGUUUGUGUGACCAUCGUGGGCACGUACUUCCUGCUAAAUGCGGAGAACUACCACUGGCAAUGGACGUCCUUCUUCUCAGCUGCAUCCACGGCCGCGUACGUGUACCUCUACUCGGUUUACUACUACUUCAUGAAGACCAAGAUGUCCGGGUUUUUCCAAACGAGUUUCUACUUCGGCUACACUCUGAUGCUCUGCGUUGGACUGGGGAGCCUCUGUGGUGCGGUGGGCUACUUGGGCUCGAGCGUGUUUGUUCGGAGGAUCUAUAGGAACAUUAAGUGCGACUAAAUCACCAUUUCCCACAUCCAUUUGUUGCUGACAGUUGUUUGUGUCCUAGUACGUAACUAUCAUCCGGCAAAGACAUGUCUAGUUUAGUCAACGGAGUCAACCAACUUCACCCAGC